AUGAUUGUAUUUGUUGAUGAGCUCGAUGGCGAAGAGAAGAUAAAUGUCUAUCAAGCUUAUGAUUUCAUCUUCGGCAGUGCCACGGCAGCGUAUCAAAUCGAAGGGGGCUGGUCAGAUGAUGGCAAAGGGGAAAGUCAUUGGGACAGGUGGACUCAUUGCACCCCUAGUCUCAUUGCGAACGGCGAUAAUGCGGAUGUAGCCUGCGAUUCCUAUCACAAUUACAAAGAAGACGUCGCUUUAUUAGCGAAUAUGGGCGCCCAAUUCUACAGAUUUUCGAUUUCUUGGCCAAGAAUAUUACCUGACGGACUCGUCCACAAAAUAAACGAGCCGGGCGUGCAAUACUACAGGAACCUCAUCAGCGAGCUGAAGCACAACAACAUCCUUCCCUUUGCCACGUUAUAUCACUGGGACCUGCCUCAGAAGCUGAGCGAGCUGGGCGGUUGGACCAAUCCCUGGAUCCUAUCGUGGUUCACCGAUUACGCCAGAUUGUGUUUCCAGCUUUUCGGCGACGAUGUCAAGCAUUGGAUGACGAUAAAUGAACCGAAACAAGUCUGUUCUUUCUCCUACGGAAUAGGACUUCUCGCUCCAGGAGUUUGUUCACCCGGCGUAGGGGAGUACCUGGCUGUUCACAACGUAAUCAGGGCGCACGCUGAGGUCUACCACGUGUAUAACAAGGAGUUCCGGUGCAAACAAGGAGGAAUGUUAGGGAUAGUAGUCGAUUCCCCUUGGUACGAACCGGAAGAUCCCGGUAAUCCCGAUGAUGUCGCAGCGGUGGAUUCGAAACUACUCUUCGGCAUAGGAAUAUAUUUACAUCCUUUGGUGUUUGGGGAUUACCCGGACGUGGUGAAAGAGAAAGUGAAGAGGCGCAGCGAAGUUCAAGGUUUCCAGAGAUCCAGAUUGCCGGAAUUCAACGACGAUGAAAAGUUGAAAUUGAAGAAAUGCUUCGAUUUCAUUGGCUUAAAUUACUAUACGUCUGGAAUAGCCAAGGGGGAUCGUUCGAAUCCAGAAGGCAAGGGUUGCUUUGUUGAUUGCGAAGCUAUCGAAUAUCAAGCGCAUUGUUGGGAAUCCUGCGCUCUGUUUUGGUUAAAAGUUGUUCCAAAAGGUAUCAGGCAUGUUCUAAAAUGGCUCACAGAUCAUUUCGAACGGCCUCUGAUUUACAUUACGGAAAACGGAUACGCGGACAAUGGAGGAUUAGAGGACUAUGCUCGAAUUAAUUACAUUAAGAGGCACCUGAGUCAAGUGAAAGAUGCCAUUGACUUGGAUAACUGCAACGUCAAAGGCUACGCUUAUUGGAGCUUGUUGGACAAUUUCGAAUGGAGAGAGGGAUUUAGGCCUAGAAUGGGUUUGAUAUCCGUCGAUUACAGAAGUCCCUGUCGAAGAAGAACUCCAAAAAAAUCAGCAGAAUACUACAAAAAUGUGAUCAGUGCUAGAGCGGUGAUUGACGAUCAGUAA